CUUCCAAUUGUUUCAUCUUAUCUUUCGAUAUUCCAUCUGUCGUUUUCAAAAACGCCGAUUUGCGAUUUGCGAUCUGCGAGAGAUUGGAGGACCGCCGUUCUUUACCUUUCCCUUCUCUCUCGCACGGCAGCACACCUAAAGGUUUCAUCCUAUUUGAUUUCCAUUUCAGCAUCUUAUUGUUUAUUCUCUUUCGAUCUCUAGUUGAAUCAUCACUGUUGUUACUUUACUAUUUGUUUUUUUAGUUUAACUAUCAAUUCCUUUCUGUCAAAAUUGAUGAAAUUGUUUGCCAUGUCAAUAUGUUAGUUGAUAUGCUGGAUAGAAUGUGAUUGAUGGGUUUGAUUUGAAGUUAGGGUUUAGUGUGGGUAGAAUGAUGGGUACUCCAGUUUCAGAGGGUUCUGUGGUGAAGCGGUCAUUGAGAAAGAGAGCAGCUGUACGAAAUUACGAUGAAAAUUUGAUGGAUGAAUUAAUGGAAAAGCACUUUGGUGGCCCAUUUAAGAAAAGGACUAGAACACAAGUGGAUUUGGAAAAGGAAACUGAAACGGAGGCCAUGCUAGCUCUGUCACUUGGCUUUCCGAUUGAUGAAUUACUCGAAGAGGAGGUUCAGGCUAGGGUUGUUAAUGAACUGGGUGGGAAAGAUCAAAAUGAUUAUAUUGUAGUGAGGAAUCAUAUCCUUGGGAAGUGGAGAGGUAAUGUUGGAGUAUGGCUUUCCAAGGACCAGUUUAGAGAAACUGUUAGUAAUGAAUUUGAACAUUUGUUAAGUUCUGCCUAUGAUUUUUUAUUACACAAUGGGUAUAUAAAUUUUGGUGUUUCUCUACCAUUCACAUCACACGUUCCUGAAGACUCGGCAGGUGCUUCUGUUAUUAUUGUUGGAGCUGGACUUGCAGGUUUAGCAGCAGCCAGACAACUUCUUUCAUUUGGUUUCAAAGUCAUUAUCCUUGAAGGUCGAAAACGUCCUGGUGGGAGGGUUUAUUCCCAAAAGAUGGGACAAAAAGGUAAUUAUGCUGUUGUGGACCUUGGUGGCAGUGUUAUAACUGGUAUACAUGCCAAUCCUCUAGGUGUAUUAGCUAGACAACUUUCCAUUCCACUUCACAAGAUUAGAGGUAAGUGUCCCUUGUACAAACCUAAUGGAACACCUGUAGUGGAGGAAACUGAUUCGAAAGUUGAGCUCAUUUUCAAUAAACUACUCGAUAAAGUCACUGAAUGUAGGAAAAUAAUGGGCGGAACUGGGAAUGUCUCUUUAGGUUUUGUUCUCGAGACACUUACUCAACUAUAUGCUGUAGCUAAGACCACGGAGGAAAGACAACUUCUCGAUUGGCACUUUGCCAACUUGGAAUAUGCCAAUGCUGGAUGCCUUUCUAGUCUUUCUGCUGCUUAUUGGGAUCAGGAUGAUCCUUAUGAAAUGGGUGGUGAUCAUUGCUUUCUCGCCGGAGGAAACUGGGGACUGGUGAAAUCGUUAGCUGAAGGAGUUCCUAUUUUUUAUGGGAAAUCAGUCAGUUCUAUCAGAUAUGGAGAGGAAGAAGGUGUUGAGGUGGUAGUUACUGGUGACCAAGUUUUUAAGGCAGAUAUGGUCAUAUGUACUGUCCCUCUUGGUGUGUUGAAGAAAAAAGUCAUCAGUUUCAAACCGGAAUUACCAGAUCGAAAGCUUGCAGCCAUUGAGAGACUGGGUUUUGGUUCGCUAAAUAAGGUUGCUAUGGUUUUCCCUUACGUUUUUUGGGGAGAAGACCUGGACACUUUUGGUAGUCUUAAUGAACAUUCUCAUUCACGAGGAGAGUUCUUCUUGUUUUAUAGUUACCAUACCGUUUCUGGAGGUCCAUUGCUUAUAGCUUUGGUAGCUGGUGAUGCUGCUUUGACUUUUGAAAGCACAGAUCCUUCAGUCUUGCUCCAUACUGUUUUACAAAUACUAAGAGGUAUAUAUGGCCGCAAGGGAAUUGAUGUUCCUAAUCCAAUACAAACUAUCUGCACUAGAUGGGGCAGUGAUAACUUCUCUUUUGGCUCAUACUCCCAUGUGAGUGUUAAGUCAUCUGGAAGUGAUUACGACAUAAUGGCUGAAAGUGUCGAUGACAGGCUUUUCUUUGCAGGUGAAGCCACAAACCGACAACAUCCAGCCACAAUGCAUGGUGCCUUCUUGAGUGGCUUGAGAGAGGCUUCACGAAUAUUGCAAUCCACGAGGAGUCGAAAAAUUUAUCCUAGGAAGUGUCUACAGAAAUUUGAGACUCGUUUUGAAGAUCUUUUCAAGUGCCCUGAUUUUGAAUUUGGAAGAUUCUCCUUUUUAUUUGAUCCUCUGGCAGAAGACCCGAAAUCUAUGGGGAUUAUGAGGGUAAUUUUUGAAAAGACUGACUUGGAGCCUUUAAUGCUUUAUACGGCCUUAACUCGCCAACAUAUGGAGGAAGUAAAGGAACUGAAUGGAGGGGAUGAGUGUAAACUUUUGUUCAUUUUUAAAAGUUUAGGAUUGAAGCUAAUGGGUGCAAAUGCUAUAAGGAUUCUUGCAAAUUCAUUGAUAGUUAACAUUACUUCUUACCGAAGAGGUAGGGGGAGGAAUCGCACGAUCGCCGGACCACUGUAUGUUUCCUAGUUCUCACGAUUGAUUUGAUUGUAAAACAUUUUUAGCUGGCAGUAAAUCUGACUAGGCAUUUUUGCGUUGGUUAUACAUUGAAGUCGAGGUUUGUUUCUUCUUUUUUUUUACAAAGAAGAGACUUUUUUUUUCACAUUUUACCUCUUCCUUUUGUUAUUACAAUCACACUAUUUCAAUGAGCACCAUUGAUUAUGCCUACUUCAAUCUUUGCGAAAAAAUCUUUGAGAGGAGAAAUUAUAUGUUAAAUGAUACAUCUCUAAUUGCAUUUACUUUGCAUUUCUAUGCAUAUGAUGAUAUUAUAAGCCUCUAAUUUCUUAAAA